UCCUGCCCCGUUGCUUCCGAGAGUUAAGGGCCAGCAGGAGGAAAUGCGUAAGCAGGGUCCCUGCUGCUGCUGCUCCCACUCAGCUCUGGCACUGUGCUGUGGCACUGGCCCCUGCUCUGGCAUGGGGACCCUUGGCAGCAGGCGGCUCCUGCUCUGCUGUGCUCUCUGGGGACUCUGCCUGGCCUCGGACUACGAUGAUUACUCUCAGAACAGCACCAGCGAGCAGGCCAGCACACCAGAGGUCACCCCGUGUCCCCGAGCCAUCCCGGGGGACCAGACCACGGUGAACAACGUCACCUACCUGCUGAUCCCCGAUGCCACGCGUGCCCAGCUGGGCAGCGCCGUCACCGUGCGGUUCAUCCCCUGCCUCUACAGCCUGGUCUUCGCGCUGGGGCUGCCGGCCAACGCGCUGGCCCUCUGGGUGCUGGCCACCAGGGCCGAGCGCCACACCUCCACCGUGUUCCUCAUGAACCUGGCCGCCGCCGACCUGCUGCUCACCUCCGUGCUGCCCUUCAAGAUCUCCUACUAUUUCCUGGGCAACCACUGGCCCUUCGGGGAAUGGCUGUGCCGCCUCACCACGGCUUUCUUCUACGGGAACAUGUACUGCUCCGUGCUGCUGCUCGCCUGUAUCAGCGUGGACCGCUACCUGGCCGUGGCUCACCCCUUCUCCUCCCGUGCUUUCCGCUCCCCCUCUCUCGCUGCCGGUACCUGCGCCGCCGUCUGGCUCUGCGCGGCCGCCCUGACGCUGCCGCUGACCCUGCAGCAGCAAUCGUACCCCCUGCUCGGGGCAGGGCUCACGCUGUGCCACGACGUCCUCCCCCGGCACGAGGACGGCGGGUUCUACUUCCAUUAUUUCGUGGCUCUGAUCGCCUGCGCCUUCCUGCUGCCGCUGCUGCUGCUGGCGCUGAGCUCGGGCGCGGCGCUGCGCGUUCUCCUGCGCGGGGGCAGCCGCUACUCGCACGCGGCCAAGCUCACGGCCCUGGUGCUCGUCACCCUCGUGGUGUUCUAUGCCCCCAGUAACAUCCUCCUGCUGCUCCACUACUCCAGCCCCUGCCCGCGGCCGCACGGCCGGCUGUACCUCAGCUACAUGGUCAGCCUGGCUCUCAGCGCCUGCAACAGCUGCGCCGACCCCUUCGUCUACUACUACGUGUCUGAGGAUUUCAGGGAGAAGGUGAAGGGCAGAGUCUUCAGGGGCAGCAAAAAAAACACCGCUUCCCUGAAGACUUCCAAGGAAACGCUGCCCCGCUCCAAACAUUGGCUGGUGUGAGCCUCCGGCCCGGCUCGCUGCUCCCAGAGGGGAUAAGAUGAAUUCAGCGCUGCAAUUCCACAGGUUUCGCCCGGAGCGGCACUUCCCAGGAGCCCAGAGCCUGCACGGAUGAGGCUGGAUAAACCCAGGCUGUGGGAUUCUUUGUCCAGACAGGCUGCUGAGUGCUGGACACAUCCAUCCUGUAGUGGGACACUGCCUGCAGCUUCUCAGCUGGUCACACACCACCAGGGAUUUCCUCCCCCUACACCUGGGGCUGGUGCUCCUAACCUGGCUGCUCUCUGCCUGCCACUCCUGCUCCUGGCUCGCUCACUGUCCUCGAAUGCGUAUUUCCAUCCCCUAAAAUUGAAAAAGAGCUAGCGUUGCAAAAUCAAAUUUCUAAAUGUUUCAAAAGAUAACUCUCCUAAACUAAAUCAGUCUGUCAAAAGAGUGCGGAGCACUGGCUCGUGUAGCAAAAACAUUCUCUGAUCUGUAAGCAACCCCUCAGUAAUGUCAGCUCACUGUUGGUAAAAGGUGUAGAACAUCCAUUCACUCAUCCCUGUUUUUGCAAAUCACCCUUGGCAUUCGUCAUUUCUUUGAGGCAAAGGCGGUAUUAACGGAUUUUUGUAAAAAAACAAAACAAAACAAAAAACCAAACAAACAACAAAAAAACUCUCAUGAACGGAAAUAGUAAAGUAGGAAUGGAGCAAACUCUCGGGCACUCCACACUUCUUUUGUGUAAUGUCACCCACAGCCAAAAGCUGUCUCUGAACAAAGAGGUGCUCAGGUUUAUUGCUUACUGGAACCUGCUUCAAAUCUCACAAAAUGCAGCCAGCUCAUCUCUCAGACACAACUGGGGCACAGCCCUGUGAGCAGCUGGUAGAAAAUGAGUAAAAAACCUCUUUAGAGCUCCUUUAGUCUUCAGUUUUCCCAGCACAGACUUGACAACCUAAAGCGUAAAUAAGAGGCAGAGAGGAUUGUCUUAAAAUCAGUUUUUAAUAAAAUAUUUAUCAGAAUCUAAAACAAACACUUUUUCUGGACUCAGACUUGCUAAGAUGUGUGUGAACAAACCAACAACUGGUCAGAGAGCUGUUUGUGUGUACCUGUGUGUGAGGGGAAAAAGGCAGGGGAAACACAAAGCUGGGCUCGGGGUGCUGGGCACUCAGUCAGAAACAGCAGGGACUGAAAAAGAAAAAACAAAAACCCCAAAUCCAGGCUGGUAGAGGCUUUCUAAAUAGUUGCUCUGUUCACAAUAGUGAAAACCAGGUUAUUGUGUUUAAGUGUCAACAGUCAGUGUAAGCAAAGCAAGUGCUGGUGUGUCAGGGACAUUCUUCAAGCAAGCUGAAAAUUCUUCUGGUAUUUGCUUUCUACUGAGGCAGAUUAAGAAGGAAGGGAAGAGGCAAGACCAAAACACAGGACAAGAAAGAACAAGGGGAUCUAUUGCUUUAAAAUAAAUACCAUGGUAAUGAUUACUCUGCAUAAUGUACAGUUACAAAUAUAUAAAUAUUAUUUUCCUGGAA